UUUGAAUUAGUCCGAGCCCAUUAAAUCUCCUCGGCUCAGGGCAGGCUUAAGAUAGGGUGUGCGAGCAAAAAAAGGGUCUCAAUUUGUGCAUAUAAAUUCAAUAAACUUGCAACAGACCCUUGGUUCAUCUCCGAAGUCGGAAACACAUAAUUUUUGCGACUUCUUCAGCUUCUUAUCUGUAACAGAAAACUCCUUCGGCUUCUUCUGUUAUAUACUAGAUUAUAUAUAUAUAUAUAUAUAUAUAUAUAUAAAUUAAAGAGUAAGACCCAUUAGCAACUCGAUCGUGACAUUGGAUUGAGGCGACAACCAUGUACUCCAAACCCAGCCAGGAGCAACGAAGCAACAAGUGUUUCGUCUUCCUUUUGGCCGCUUUUGUGCUGCUGUGUGCGAUUCUUCUGGUUUUUGCAUCCAUCGUGUUGCGUGUCAAAAAGCCUCUGCUCCACUUCGAAUCGGCUUCUGUCAAUAACUUGAGUUACAGAACUUCACCAUCACCUUCCUUUAAACUCACGAUGGUCGCCAAGAUAACUGUCAACAAUCCAAACUUCGGAAACCUCGAUUAUGGAAAUAGCAGUGUGACCGUGCUCUAUGGGAACUCCAGAAUUGCUGAGAGAGAAUUGGAGGGUGGCCGAGUGAAGGCCGGAGAAAUCAAAGCAUUGAAUGUUACAUUGAACUUAAGGUCGGAUCCGGUAGUGUCUUCUGGGAAUCUCUCAAAUGAUAUCCUUUCUGGGGCUUUCAAUCUCACAGGCUACACUAAACUCACUGGCACUGUCCACCUUCUCAAGUUUUUGAAGAAGAACAAGUCCACUGAAUUGGCUUGCGUCCUGCGUCUCAACCUGACAUCCUAUUCAGUUCAAAAUUUGCAGUGUUGAUAAUACCUUUGUGUUCCUUUCUAUCGCGCAUGUCUUUUUUGUUAAUCCUUCUGCGUUGCUGAUUUCUUUUAUUAGCUUUGAGGAAUGAAUUUAAAUAAGUGAAAUAAAGAAAGCGAGCCCCAUAUAUGCAUCUUUAAAUCCUCUCGGUAGCUGAGUGCAUACGAGUUUAAUGGCUUAAGCACGAAGGAAUCCAGGAUCUCUGCGGAAGAUUAAACCGUGAAUGGUUUCUAUCAACAUAACAAGCAGCCAACUUUUGGGUGGAGUCGCAUCAACGGGUAGCCUCUAUUUUACAAACUCAAGCCGUGUGGAUUUCUGCAUUCUGAACAUAUUAACUACCCAUAAAUGCUAU